AUGAAGAAAAUAUAAAAUCUAAUUGCAAAUGGAAAACAAUUCCUUUUCGAUAGUUAUUCUCUUCAUAAAUCUAAAUAAGUAAAUGUCAUAUUCUAAUAAAGGCACUUAAAGCAUAUGAGAAAGAAUAAUACAAGAAAAUUAUAUCCUAUUGUUAAUAUUGGAAUUCUUAUAAAUAUAUUCAAAUAAAUUAACACAAAUUUCUCUUUUUCCUUAUAUCUGAAUAGAAAAAUGAAUUGAUUAAAUAAAUCUUGGAAAAUAAUCCAAUAAAGGAAUAAAUUCUAAAAGAUGAUGAAAAUCCAAAUAAUUUUUUCCCAUUAACAUUUUCAGUAUUAAAUGAUGUUCGAGAGACUAGUAAUAUGCUAAUAGAAAAUGGAGCAAAUAUACAUGAAGUACAUAAGGAUGGAAAUAACAUUGCUCAUGUUUGUGCAUUUUUUAAUAAAAUAUAAGCCUUAAAUUAUUGUAUAGAAAAAGGUGUAAAUUAUGAAUAAUAAAAUGAAAGAGGAGAUACUCCUUUGCAUUUAGCAUCAAUGUAAGGACAUUGCGAAAUAAUAGAGUAAUUAUUGAAUUUGAAAUGCAAUUUAAAUAUUGAAAAUACAGAACAUCAUCAGCCUAUUCAUGAAUCUGUUUUAUUUGGUUAAUUUGAUGCAUUUAAAAUUCUAUUUAAAUACUAUUAAGGAAUUUAGAAAAAUUCAUAAUCACCCCAUAUUGUUCAUUAUGCUUCUAUGCUCGAAAAUACAUUUAUAUUAAGUGAAAUAAUCAAAAGUAAUAAAGCUUUAGUGAAUCUUCGAGAUUCUGUAAGUAAUGCAGUACCACUUCAUUUUAGUGUUAAUUCGAAUUCAUUAGAAUGUACUAGUUUGCUGUUGGUAAUUAUUAAAUAUAAAUUUUAAAGGAAAGUGGAGCAUUGCCUAAUUCUAAGGAUAAGUUUGGAAACACUCCAUUACAUUUGGCUGUAGAAAAGAAAAAUAUUGAAAUUUGCAAAUUAUUAUGUUUAAAUGGGGCUGAUAUUGAUAUUCAAAAUGAAGAUAAAUUGACUGCAAAAGAUUUAGCUGAAGUUGAUUUAGAUAGAUAAAUUCUAGCUUUAUUUAAAUCAUAAUCGAGAUAUUCAAAAAUUUUCAGAUAAUGA